CUUGGGUUGAACUCAUUCAACAAGAAGAGUCUAAUUAAUGUAUCCUUGUUUUCUCUUUCUCUACGCGUUAAGCUUCGCUAUUUUUUCAGCAGAUACGUUAUGCGUAACAAGAGCUCGAAGAUCGUCAAUGGCAAGCACAACAGAAAUGGUGAACCUAUCGUUCCAAGAGAAUCAUGUGGUGGUGAAUAACGGUAUUGUCCAAAUCACUCUUUCAAAUCCGGAAGGACAUCUUACGGGCAUACAGUACAAAGGAAUCGACAAUUUACUUGAAAUAAUGAAUGAUGAACCUAAUCGAGGUUAUUGGGAUGUUGUAUGGAGUCCUCCGGGAAGUGCUGGAACCAAAGGUACUUUGGAAAGGAUUGCAGGAACAAGUUGUGAAGUUGUAAUAGAAACUGAAGAUCAGGUGGAACUCUCAUUUUCGAGAACAUGGGAUUCUUCUGAUGAGGGAAAGUUAGUCCCUCUCAAAAUCGACAAAAGGUAUAUUUUGCUUCGUGGAUCAUCAGGCUUUUAUACCUACGCAAUUUACCAACAUUUAGAAGAAUGGCCAAGUUUCAAUCUUGAUAAUACCAGAAUUGCUUUUAAGUUGAGGAAAGACAAGUUUCAUUAUAUGGCCAUGUCUGACGACCGGAAGAGGAAUAUGCCUUUGCCAGAUGAUCGGUUGCCUGGAAGAGGUGAAGAAUUAGCCUAUCCAGAGGCAGUUCUCCUUGUUGAUCCUGUGGAGCCUAACUUCAAAGGACAGGUAGACGAUAAGUAUCAAUAUGCUUGUGAAUUAAAAGAUCUUCGAGUCCAUGGAUGGAUUUGUAAGGAUCCUAGUGUGGGAUUUUGGCAAAUUACACCAAGUAAUGAGUUUAGAGUUGGUGGUCCUAUUAAACCUGAGUUGAAUUCUCAUGUUGGACCCACGACUCUUGCAGUAUUUGCAAGUACUCAUUAUGGUGGAAGCGAUAUGGUGAUCAAAUUUUCUCAAGGGGAGUCGUGGAAGAAAGUCUUUGGCCCCAUUUUUAUAUAUCUCAACACUGUUUCCGAUGAAGAAGACCCUCUUACGCUUUGGGAUGAUGCCAAAAACCAGAUGUCUAUUGAAGUGGAGCUCUGGCCAUAUGACUUUCCCGCUUCUGCUGACUUCCAAUAUGGUGAUCAACGGGGUGUCGUUAGUGGUAGAUUACUUGUCCAAGAUAGGCUUAUUUAUGGCGAUGAUUGCAUAUCAGCAAAGGGUGCUUACAUCGGGUUAGCACCACCAGGGGAAGCGGGAUCAUGGCAAAGAGAAUGCAAGAAAUAUCAAUUUUGGACUGAAGCAAAUGAGGAUGGCUAUUUUGAAAUACCAAACAUAAUCAUUGGUGAAUAUAAUCUAUACGCUUGGGUCCCCGGAUUUAUUGGUGAUUAUACAAAUUCAACCAUCAUCAAUAUUACUUCAGGUGUUAAUAUUCACAUGGGUGAUCUUGUAUACGAGCCCCCAAGAGAUGGUCCAACUUUAUGGGAGAUAGGAUUUCCAGAUCGCUCAGCAGCUGAGUUUUACAUCCCUGAUCCUGACCCGAUAUAUGCCAACAAUUUUCUUACUCAUGAUCCUAACAGGUUUAGACAAUAUGGAUUAUGGGACAGAUAUUCAGAUUUGUAUCCCGAUGAAGAUUUAGUAUACACGGUUGGAGAGAGCAAUUAUACCAAUGAUUUCUUCUUUGCUCAUGUUCUCAGGAAAACAAACAAUGACACUUAUGAGAAGACAACAUGGACGAUCAAGUUUAACCUUGAUAAUGUCAAUGAAAGUGAAGCAUAUAUACUUAGAUUGGCACUUGCUUCCGCACAUCAAUCUAAUUUGCAGGUACGUAUUAAUGAUUUGAACAAAGAUCCUGUGUUUUCAACCGGGAAAAUUGGUGGAGACAAUGCAAUUGCAAGGCAUGGAAUACAUGGUGUAUAUUGGUUAUUCAACAUUAAAAUACCAUGCAACUAUUUUUACACUUGUAGAGAAAAUUUAAUCUACUUAACGCAAGCAAACAAUCAAAGUCGUUUUCAAGGAGUAAUGUACGACUACAUCCGUUUUGAAGCGCUUCCAACUUCCAUAGUUAAAAAAAAUUGAUAACUAUACAAAAUGCCAUUUUAAACAUAUAUAUAUAUAUAUAUAU